AUGUUCGGCGGCGGCGGCGAAGACGUCGUCGUUCCGCGCGCGUUUAAACUGUUAAAGGAGCUGGAGAAGGGGGAGAAGGGCGGCGCGGGGCUUCCACCCUAUCUCUCGUACGGGCUCGCCGACGCGGACGAUGAUGAUGAUCUCACGCACUGGACGGGGACGAUCCUCGGCCCGGCGGGGACGACGCUGGACAUGCGCGUGUUGGAGCUGUCCAUCGAGUGCGGCGAGCGGUACCCGGAGCGACCGCCGGAGAUGCGGUUCCGAACGCGCGUGAACCUGCCCUUCGUGCGAAACGAUGGACGCAUUGAUCUCGCCGCGCUCGGCGUGGCGCAGGCGUGGCGAAGGAAUAAUUCGAUCGAGGACGCGUUGAACGCGGUGUAUCACGCGAUCGCUCGACCGGAGGUUCGGAGACUCGCGCAGCCGCCCGAGGGCGCGCGCUUCGACUGA